CUACCCAACUCUGGGCCCCCGGCUUUGCAGCUAGGCAAGUCCACGUUUGGCUGGGAACAGAGGUCCUCGAUCUAUGAAAGUAGAAAGUCACCGCUCGGACUGCCACACUUGCAGAAGCCAGCGUUAGAAGCAUUUUGGGAAAAAAUGCCCAAAUUCAAGCCGGCUCGCGGAGCUGCAGGCCAGGAAAAACAUGCGCCGCUGGCUGAGCAAAUCCUGGCUGGGGACGCGGCGCGGGCAGGGCCCCGGGAGAAGCGGCGGGGUCGUGGGACCAGAGAAGAGGACGAAGAGUACGUGGGGCCCCGGCUGACCCGACGGAUUUUGCAGCAAGCGCGGCAGCAACAGGAGGAACUCGAGACCGAGCAUGGGACUGGGAACAAGGCCGCAGCCCCGCGCGAGCGCACCACGCGUCUGGGUCCGGGAGUCCCGCAGGACGGAUCAGAUGAUGAGGAUGAGGAGUGGCCCACCCUGGAGAAGGCUGCCACAAUGACGGGGGCUGGCCAUCACACAGAAGUUGUUGUGGAUCCUGAGGAUGAGCGGGCCAUUGAAAUGUUCAUGAACAAGAACCCUCCUGCCAGGCGUACCCUGGCUGACAUCAUCAUGGAGAAGCUAACCGAAAAGCAGACGGAAGUUGAGAUGGUUAUGUCAGAGGCGUCAGGCUUUCCUAUGCCCCAGCUGGACCCCCGGGUCCUAGAGGUCUACAGAGGGGUCCGGGAGGUGUUAUCGAAGUACCGCAGUGGGAAGCUGCCCAAGGCCUUCAAGAUCAUCCCUGCGCUCUCCAACUGGGAGCAAAUCCUGUACAUCACAGAGCCUGAGGCCUGGACUGCAGCCGCCAUGUACCAAGCCACGAGGAUUUUCGCUUCUAACCUCAAGGAACGCAUGGCUCAGCGCUUCUACAACCUUGUCCUGCUCCCCCGGGUACGAGAUGACAUCGCUGAAUACAAACGACUCAACUUCCACCUCUACAUGGCACUCAAGAAGGCCCUGUUCAAGCCUGGAGCCUGGUUUAAAGGCAUCCUGAUCCCCCUGUGUGAGUCUGGCACCUGUACCCUCCGGGAAGCCAUCAUCGUGGGUAGCAUCAUCACCAAAUGCUCCAUCCCUGUGUUGCACUCCAGUGCAGCCAUGCUGAAAAUUGCUGAGAUGGAAUACAGCGGUGCCAACAGCAUCUUCCUGCGACUGUUGCUGGAUAAGAAGUACGCGCUGCCCUACCGGGUGCUAGAUGCCCUGGUCUUCCACUUCCUGGGCUUCCGGACAGAGAGGCGCGAACUGCCUGUGCUCUGGCACCAGUGCCUCCUGACUUUGGUCCAGCGCUACAAGGCAGACCUGGCCACAGAUCAGAAAGACGCCCUCUUGGAACUGCUCCGACUGCAGCCGCAUCCGCAGCUGUCCCCUGAGAUCAGGCGUGAGCUCCAGGGCGCAGUCCCCCGAGAUGUAGAAGAUGUUCCUCUCGCCAUGGAGUGAGGAAAGUUACUUGUCCUGGUCUGAAGGGCAUGGGGGGCUGGUCACCAGGAUUCCCUGUUGGUGGCACUGAGCUCUUAACAACUGAAGUCUCGGAUCAGGACAGUCACAGGCAUCUGUGACUCCUGUCCCUGACAGGGAGGACUAAGGGUCUGCUGGCUCCCUGUUCAUUCUAGGUCUUCAUCCCUGCUCAGUUCUGAGACCUGACUUGAGAGGCCACACACCAGUGUUACCACUCCCUGGCUGGGGCUUGGAAUAGGUUCUUUCUCUCAGGCUGUUGUGUCAAGUUACUGGGAUGUGGAUAAAUACCAAAGGCAGAUAUUUAUUGAACUUCUGGUGUUUUGAUAUGAUCGGUGGAGUUAUUUUUGCUUUCCCUCUUUAGCUGGAGAGAAGUUCUUCCCUAUUCCUGUUUAGGACUGGAUUCUUUGUAGUUUAUAUAGAGGAUAUGCCCCCUCCACCUCCUGAUUCUAGAAGUUUGGGUCUAGAGGCAGAGGCUACUUUGGGGGAAUGCCAGCGACCAGGGGGCUGUUCAAAAGAUGGUCCUUUCUCAGCUAUGGACAAAGUCCCCAGAGAAAACUGGAGCUACAGAAGCGAGAGAUCAGAGAAUAAUAAGAUCAGGCCCUGAAACAAGUAGAUCCAGAGUCACCACUGGACAGGUUCUCUAACUUUCUUGGCUAAUUAAAGCUUUAGACCAGA